AUGUCAAUUUUUGUUGCGCUUGAAAAAAUUUCAGUUCGGUUCGCGUUCGGACCACAAAAAAACCGAACCGGACUGUUGAGAACGGUUCUUGAUGGUCUGGUUCUGGGUUCGACGAUUUUGCAGAACCGGACCACGGUUCAGUUCUCGGUUCUCGUCCAGGACCCUCUGAACCGGACCGAACCGGACCACGGCAGCACUAGAUCCAAGGAUAUUUCAACUCGCCUUGGACAAUCACCCACACGUACAUCCAGUGGUCGUCAACGCCGUCCCACAGAGAAAGAAAAUUAUCGAAUCUCUGAAGUUCAACAUGUUGAGCAACGCCACGAACAGAAAAAACAAAGGACCAACCAAAGGACCGUGAAGGCACUUCGCACUGUCUUCAAACAUCACCCUGAAGUCUUCGACAAUGAGCCUGCUGAACUCCAUAGUGACGCUGACGUUGAAGAAGACACUAUGUUCACAGAUCGAAAUGUUCAUAGCAAGCUUUCCUUUAGUACUGGGAAGAUACCACCUACUCUCACACCAGUUUCGCGCCACACAAGCUCUGCACGCAAGUCCUUAAGCAACAGCCUCGUAAAGGGUUACAAAGGCUCAUCGUCAUCUUUGACUGCGGUGAGUAGUGGUGAAGCCUCCAUGUCAGACGGCAGCCCUACUCAUCCAGGUCGCCACCCUACUUUCCACAAUAGUGAUGACGAGUGGGCUGAUGAUCUUGAUGCAGACGAGGAUGACUCGGAGGACAGGUGA